UUACGCCAUGCGGAAAUUCGUUCCUGCAUCCUUCUCGUGACAGUCUGUUCUGCCGGUGUCGGUUGUUUACGAUGAGCAUGACGACUUCAGUCUGAGCAUGAAACAUCUCCGGAAAGCGCCGAGUGUGUACAUUUCAGAGCCUUUCCUGAAAGAAUCUCCAGCUGUCUUUAGUUCUGAAGCAAGUCUGAGAAGAGUAGCUGUGCUUCAUGACAUCUAAAGGCCUCUGAAGUUGCACAUUCCUAAGGAUAUGACUCAUUAAACGUGAAGUAAAUCGCGUCUGAGCAGUGCCACAUACAGAAUGACGUGUUUCCUUCUUCCAAUUGUUGAACAGCACUCACAGAUAUGAAGAACUCCUUUGUGGACCCAUUCCACAUCAUGUUCUGGAGAUUUUCACCCUAAAACUGCUUGAUAAAGUCACCCUUUGAGGUGUCCAACUCCCCCUCCCAAUUAAUUAUUUUUCUGAAAGAAAAGCUUUUCGUCCUGCCAACAUGGGUCCCUUCAUGUCUCGAUUUAAUAAUCUGCUAUGCAUGCUGCUGGGCAUCUCUUUCACUGUCUGGUUCACAAUGCUUUUGGUCUUCAUCAUUGUUCCCGCCAUUUUUGGCCUGUCUUUCGGCAUCCGCAGGCUCUACAUGAAGACGCUGCUCAAGGUGUUUGAGUGGGCCACAUUGAGGAUGGAAAGAGGAGCCAGGGAGAAUAACCAUCUACUAUACAAGCCUUACACUAAUGGCAUUAUUGCGAAAGAACCCACAUCGCUGGAGGAGGAGCUUACAGAGAUUCGGCGAAAUGGCAGCAACCGAGAGUUGGAUGGCUCCGGCUCCCCCACCACAGGCUCUGCCCCUAACUCCUCAGAGUUUGAAAUGUCAGACACCUUCUACUUUUGCCGCCGUGGCAUUGAAAGUAUAGUAGACGAUGAGGUUACCAAACGUUUCACGGCAGAGGAGCUUGAGUCGUGGAACCUGUUGACCAGAAGCAACUAUAACUUUCAGCACAUUAGCACCAGACUGACUGUACUGUGGGGUCUGGGAGUGAUCAUCCGUUAUGGGUUUCUGCUGCCUCUCAGGUUAACAUUAGCAGUCACAGGAGUGAGCCUAUUGGUUGUCUUCACCACCGUGAUUGGUCUUCUGCCCAAUGGGAGGAUGAAAAAUGUUCUCAGUGAAAAAGUGCACCUGAUGUGUUACCGUAUCUGUGUGAGAGCGCUGACUGCUAUCAUCACAUACCAUCACAGUGAAAAUAAACCCAAGAAUGGAGGCAUCUGUGUCGCCAACCACACGUCACCCAUUGAUGUCAUUAUACUGGCCAGUGACGGAUACUAUGCAAUGGUGGGUCAAAUCCAUGGUGGACUGUUGGGUGUGAUUCAGAGGUCCAUGGUGAAAGCUUGUCCACACAUCUGGUUUGAACGCUCUGAAGUAAAAGAUCGCCAUCUAGUGGCAAAAAGAUUGAGCGAUCAUGUCAAAGACAAAACAAAACUGCCCAUCCUCAUUUUUCCUGAAGGGACCUGCAUUAAUAACACAUCAGUGAUGAUGUUUAAAAAAGGAAGCUUUGAAAUUGACGCUACUGUUUAUCCUGUCGCCAUAAAGUAUGACCCUCGGUUUGGAGAAGCCUUCUGGAACAGCAGUAAGUUUGGGAUGGUGAAUUACCUGCUCAGAAUGAUGAGCAGUUGGGCUAUCGUGUGCAGCGUCUGGUACCUGCCUCCUAUGACCCGCAAGGAAGGUGAAGAUGCAGUGCAGUUUGCUAACAGAGUAAAGGCAGCCAUUGCCAGGCAGGGCGGUCUGGUGGACCUGCUGUGGGAUGGCGGGUUGAAACGAGAUAAAGUGAAAGACACUUUCAAAGAGGAGCAACAAAAACUCUACAGCAAAAUUUUGGUUGGAACCGGUCAAGAAGACCACAGUCGUUCUCGAGGAGAAAAUGAUGAAUUAGGGUCAUUUUCAUGCUGAAAGGUGAACCACCUGCCCAUCUUCAGUUGUCGAGCAGAGCGCCACAGAUAUUCCUCAAGAAUUUGUUUGUUCAUGGCAGCAUCCAUUUUCCCUUCAAUCCUGACCAAUUGCCCAGUACCUGCUGAAG